AUGUUAGAUUCUAUACAGGAGUUAACGAAAAGCUUCUUUUAUGACUCCCCCAAACAAAAUGAUGGAGUCCAGGUUCCUUACGUACCAUAUAAAACUAGACGAACAAGGAACACAGCUCCUAAAUAUGAUUCAAUUAGAACUAAUCCUCGAAGAAAUAGAGUUCGGAAGUCUACAACGAGUGGCAUAAAGAAAAGUAGAGACCUACGUGAUAGCAGAUCUUUGACCAAUGAAAGAAGUACCAGUUGCAGAAAUGGAAACUUCGGUGGAACAUUGAAAAGUUACUCCACAAAACUUUCCAAUUUGAAAGACUACCUUUUCUCAAUAUUUUCGAAUGACACUGAGACCAUGGAAAACCUCAAAGAAUCAUGUCAUAAUAUUUCUGUAAGAAGGAAAAAUACCAAUUUUAAUUCUAAUAAUUCCUAUCUUAAUAUCAAGCAAAGGAUUGAGAAUAGCGAAGCAUUUCGUUCAAAAUUAUACGAGUUAAAGUACGACAAAGAGCAGUUAAAAAAUAUAAGACGGUUUAAUACUUUUAAUUCCGUGUUAGUUCCUAAAGAAAACCUAUCACCGAGAAGUCUUGAUGAUGAUAAAAUAUUUCUAUUGAAGAACGAAAACCGGUUAUUGAAAAGAGACCUGAAAUCAAUAACCAAUGAGUUAGAUAUCGUUAAAAAAAGACUAGAUUUUACUUUAGAGAAAAAUAGAAAUUAUAUGAAGGAAAUAAAUGAAUUGAAGUUACAAUUAAAUAAUUAUAAUUUAGAAAAUUCCAGAACGUACUCACGAAAUGAUGUACUGUCAAAUCCGUCACGUUUAGGUAAAACUUCAAGUAGGGACACCAAUCGAUAUCGUACGGAAAGUAUAGAUGAUCGUAUAAAUACAAUGAUUAAUGAGAACAUUGAUACUGAUAACCUUUCACCUGUAAGGGUUGACUUUUCGAGAUAUUCAGAUAAUUCAAACACAAGUCCUAGCUGA